AUGGAUUCCAGAAAGACCUGGACCACGAAACUUCUAGAGGAGAGUCUGGCUUUAAAUAGAGGCCGCCGUCGGGAACGAUUACAGAUUAGCAUUUUUCCAGUUGUCAAAAUGCUUGCACUAUACGAACUACUGUCUGUAAUAGUGAUUACACUACAGAUCUGUCCUUCUCUAGUUGCACUCACCACUUGCAAUACUACCUUCAAUCAAAGAUCGGGAACGUUCUUUUCCCCCGCAUUUUACAAACCGAACACCACCAAUAUCGAAAAAUGUAAAUGGCGCAUUUCAGUAUCACCUGAUGAAAAAAUUGUACUUAAUGUAACUGUGAUCGAUAUAGAAAAGACACCAAAUUGCAACUCGGGUAACCUAGAAGUACGAGAUGGUUUCUGGGAAGAUUCUCCUCUUCUUGGAAAAUAUUGUGGAAAUGGUUCCCUAAACCUCAUAGCCUCCACAACUAAUAAACUGUUAAUUUCGUACCAGCACAGAGUAGGUUAUAGAGGAUUUCUAGGAGAAUACGAGGCGAUUUGUGGAGAAGAAAUAUAUGUACGAAGUCAGUUUAUUUUACAUUCGAAUGAACCUCAAGAAAAGUACCCUCUUAAUAGAAAAUGUAUCUGGAAAGUGACAGUUCCAGUCAACCAUCAAAUCGUGCUGAGAAGCCAAAAAUUCCAAAUAGAAUAUGAAGAACGCUGUAUGUUCGAUUAUGUGGAGUUUUAUGAUUCCAACAGUACUGCUCUUGGAAGGUUUUGUGGUGAGGAACUUUCAGGAAAUAUCACUUCGACUUUAAACACGCUUACUAUUAAAUUCGUCUCAGACGAUUCUGUUCAAAAAGAAGGUUUUUCUUUCUUACUUUUGGCAGAUUACGACGAAUGCGUAACCAAAGAACACCAAUGUGAUCAUGAGUGUAUUAAUACCAUUGGUAGUUAUAAAUGUGUUUGCCGAAGGGGCUAUAAAUUACAAAUAGAUGGCAAAAGCUGUGAAAUCGAGUGUGGUGGAAUUUUGAACGCCUUGAAUGGUGCGAUUCAUUCGUACUCGUUUCCUCAGGAGUACCCACGAAACACAACUUGUAUAUGGAAAAUCGUCGUUCCCGAUGAUAACGUAAUACAUUUAAGUUUCUUUAGUUUUGAUAUAAAAGGAGAUAGCGAUAAUCAUUCUUUUAGGGAAAAGUGUGAAAAGAAUAAGUUAGAGAUUUUUAAUGGGGAGGAAACUGACCCACAACCUUUAGGUACUUAUUGUGGAAGUGUCUUGCCAAAUCUUGUUGUAUCAGAAGGUAGUACUAUGAAGAUUAUCUUCUCUACGGAUAACAGUGUGGAAAGAAGUGGGUUUGCUUUAACCUAUUCUACAGUUGGAAAUAAAUGUGACAAGUUUGGAGGUAAUUGUCAUCAUCGAUGUGUUAGUCUGCAGACAUAUCGUAAAUGUAUUUGUCCAGAAAAUUACACGACAGAAAACAACCUCGACUGCAGUAGAGGUUGUCAUUACGAAAUAGCCUCACCUUCGGGAAUUAUAUCUAGUCCUAAUUACCCUAACUAUUAUCAGAAUAAUGCAAACUGCACUUGGAGAUUUAAAACAACACCAGGGCAUAGAAUACAAAUCGUUUUUUCUGAUAUACAAACUACAGAUUGUGACGAUUACGUCAGGGUUUAUGAUAAUUAUUAUCCAUCGAAUGCGAGCAUUUUGUUAGAAGUUUGUGGUAAUAAAACGAAUAUCACUGGAUUGUCCACCACAAACGAAUUAUCUGUCAAUUUUAUCUCAGACUCUUUGAACGUUUAUCAAGGUUUCAAUGCCACAUAUUCAUCUGUAUGUGGUGGUAAUUUGACUGCUAGUACCACCGAAAAGUACGUUUAUUCUCACGAUACGUAUGGUCUUUCGAACUACUACGACUACACUGAUUGUGUUUGGAUUAUCAAGGCAAACUCCGGGUAUUACGUCAAUCUGUCGGUUGAGGUUCUUGAUAUUGAAUUUUCUUCGUAUUGCAAUUUCGAUUUUAUAGAAAUUCGAGAAGGUGAUAUUUCACGUGGAAAAUUCUGUGGUAAUGAGAAACCUGAAGAAUUCCUGUCGAGCGAUAAUUUUACGGUAAAAUUUCACACAGAUUAUAGUGUAGCUAAAAGAGGUUUUCGACUUAUGUAUAAAGCUGUACAAUCUGAAGAGGUCCACCUUAAUUAAUUACUUUUUCAAAAGUUCAUUUGAAUAAAGUUGGUCCACAGGAUAAUAAAACAUGAAAAAUUAUGUUUCCUGUUUCCGUCU